UAUCAAACAGGCCUCAGCGAAAAGACCCAAUAGACAUCGACUCGUAGGGGACUGCAAUGUGCUCUUACUUUACGUGGCAACACACGAAUCGUCGCGUUACCCGUGGCCCGCAAGUUUGAGCGCCGGUCUCCAGCGUUGUACGUCCCACAGAAAAAUCGGAUCGCGCCCGAAAUGGCGCGGCGCGAAGGUCCGGUAUGACACGUUCGCCUACGGGCAGCUGGCAUCAGCGGACAUCUGACCGAGCCCCGUCCCUCCUUACCUUGUGAGCACAUCACACGGCGAGCCAAAGAGAGAGGAAUCGAUCAGAUGUACUACUAGCCUUGCAAGCCAGGCAAAAUGCAGCUUGGCUCGAAAGACGGAUGUGGUACCGGGCGUGGUGGCUCACGUGGUGCCUGUUGGCACUCGUGGCCUUUGCCAGUCUCGUCUGGGGUGAAGCCGUUGGCGGAGACGGCCCUGCUCCCGCAAAGCAUCGCUCGGAUGACUCCGGGGAAGGCGUCGACGACGAAAAGAGCAAGCUGCAGGCACCCGUUACUGAAGUCCACCUUCCAGCACUACCGAGUACGAGCACCGACGAUGACGAGGUCAAGGAACGACCGCCGAGCCGACAAUCCGCUGAAAUGCCCGAACCGGGAAGUGCUAGGAAGCGAUUCGAGCCGAAGCUUGUCGGGGAGACUGUGCAGUCACUCAGCAAGGAGACGUCCGAAGAACAGAUUCGAAAGUCGGAGAGGAAAGAUGGAGAGAUGACGCCCACAGCAGAAGACGUUGCUGCAAAGCAGAAGGCAGUGGAAGGGCUGGAGGAUGGCCACACUGUUCCUCCGGCGAAAGGGGACGCGGAACCAGACGCUGCUGCUGCUGAGGCACCCUCUGGGAAAACUGCCGGUGCUUCAAAAACGCUGCCUGAACCAGUGCCUAAAGAACUCUCUGAGGAGGAAAAAAGAGCAAUCAGCCUCUAUGAAGCAGCCAAGGCAUUGCUCAACUCAACGGACUCUGACAGAAAAAAAGCGUACGAGCUCUUGGAGGAAGCGGCCGACCUCGGCCACACGGCGUCGCAGGAAUCCAUCGGCGAGGCGUACCUGUUUGGCGACGGGGUCCCCCAGAACGUCACCAAAGCCCAGCUAUACUUUGAAGCCCUCGCGUCGAAGGGCUCGCCGACGGGCCAGACCUACCUUGGCUUCGUCUACGCCAUCGGCUUGGGGGUCAACUCGAGCCAAGCCAAGGCGCUCGUGUACUACACCUUUGGGGCCCUGGGCGGCAACCCAUUUGCCCAAAUGGCCCUGGGUUACCGGUACUGGUACGGCAACAGCGUGCUCACGAGUUGCGAGGCGGCUCUGACCUACUAUCGGAAGGUGGCCAAAGUAGUGGAGCAGGACGUCAACAAGGGCGGCUCCACCUUGAUUCAACGAAUUCGACUUCUAGAUGAGGCUGAAAACCCGGGCUCAUCAACGGGACUCAUCGACGAUGACCUCAUCCAGUACUACCAGUUCCUCGCCGAUAAAGGAGAUGUGCAGGCCCAGGUGGGGCUAGGCCAGCUCCACUACCAGGGUGGACGGGGCGUGGAGCAGGACCAUUCGCGCGCCCUGAGCUACUUCACCCAGGCGGCCAACACGGGCAACGCCAAUGCCAUGGCCUUCCUGGGCAAGAUGUUCCUCGAGGGAAGCUCGGUGGUGACACAGAACAACGAGACCGCCUUCAAGUACUUCUCCAUGGCUGCCGAAAAGGGUAAUGCUGUGGGGCAGAGUGGUCUGGGACUUAUGUACCUGCACGGAAAAGGCGUAGAAAAGGACUAUCAGAAGGCGUUCAAGUACUUCACGCUCGCCGCAAAUCAAGGAUGGGUCGACGGCCAGCUUCAACUGGGCAACAUGUACUACAACGGGCUGGGCGUGCUGCGAGACUUCAAAAUGGCCAUCAAGUUCUACACUCUGGCGUCCCAGUCGGGACACGUGCUGGCCUUCUACAACCUGGCGCAGAUGCACGCCACGGGCACGGGAACCAUGCGCUCAUGCAGCACCGCCGCGGAGCUCUUUAAGAACGUGGCGGAGCGCGGCCGGUGGAGCGAGAAGCUGAUGCAGGCUUACUCCGACUACCGAGACGGCCGAGUGGACAUCGCCCUCGUGAAGUAUGCGUUCCUCGCCGAGCUCGGUUACGAGGUGGCCCAGAGCAACGCGGCCUUUAUCCUGGACAGAGGUGAGAGCAAGCAUUUUCCGAAGAACGAGACUUUUGCCUGGGCCCUGUUGUUCUGGAACCGAGCUGCCACACAAGGCUACUCGGUAGCACGGGUGAAGCUGGGCGACUACCACUACUACGGAUACGGCACGAACAUCGACUACGAGACGGCUGCCACACACUACCGUAUGGCGUCCGAGCAGCAGCACAAUGCCCAGGCCAUGUUCAACCUCGGCUACAUGCAUGAGCAAGGGCUGGGUCUCAAGAAGGACAUCCACUUGGCAAAACGCUACUACGACAUGGCCGCCGAGACGAGUGCAGACGCCCAGCUGCCGGUUGCCCUGGCGCUCGUCAAACUUGCCCUGCUUUACGGGUUCGCUUACCUCCAAGAGCAACAGUUGGACAAGCUACUGCCCAAGAUGAGCCCGAGCGACGUGCUUGGUCCCGACUGGGACCUCUACGUCAUGACCGUGAUGGCCCUCCUGCUCGCCGUGCUGGUCUACUUCAGGCGAGCAUGAACGGCCGUUGCACCCAGUGGCGAGAUUUCCCGGAAGCUUUCGACGGACUCCGUGCGGAUGGCCGCACUACGGGCAAAUUUGUGUGUGUGCGCACCACGUGACUUUGCGGUGUUCUCUCUCUAUUCUUUUUCCUAUUCCGAACUGCAAAAGGAAAAAAGAAACCAACAAAACUGCUGCUACUAGUCGUUUGAUGUGCCGUUCCCUUCAAAGCUCAAAAUCGGUGCGCGUGUCGCCGGAGAAACAGAAAAGAGCGGGCAUAUUGAAACCUUCUCUUUUGCGCGUGAUGGCUGAAGAUGAGGAGCCCACGAUUGUUGUACAUUGUUUUGCACUGAAGCAAAGUAGUGGGGGGAUUGUCAUCUUCAAGGGUGUUGGGAAGGGUUUUUUUUUUUUUCCAAUUUUUCCGGAUGCUCUUUAACAAGGGCAGCCAUAUUUAGUUCAAUGGACAAAAGUCGUCCUAUUGCUUCAGAAGUGAUAAUAUUAAAAAAAAAGACGUGCCAGUCACCAAACAAA